AUGAACAGAGCUCCUCAAUUUCCUCGUCUUCCGGGUUUCAAUUUUGACCAAAACAUUGGGCGUACGAAGUUCAACAAGUCGCAAUUGUUUGACAGAGUUCACGGCAAUGUGUACUACUUGGCUGAGAAGCCGAAUGCAUCGGGAGACAGUCGUUAUCCAGCACUGUAUGCCUGGGGCGAGAAACCACCAGGUCCAACGUGGCUCGCCUUUGACGGCCAGAGGCUCAUGUUCAAAGCUUACUUUCAAGAAAGCCUUGCAAGCGGCCGAGAGCCGUACAGAGUUCGUCUGGUUGACAUAAGCUUUUUCCUUGAAGAUGGUACCAUGAAGGUUUCCGAGCCGUCAAUUGAAAACUGCGGCCUCGAGCAAGGCGUUCUCGUUCGACGGCAAAGAAUUCCGCUGCCCGAUCCCGUCAAGUACCGCUACUUCGACAUACUCGACCUAAACAUAGGCGCUGAGCCUCAACUCUUUGGUCGCGCUUACAAGAUUUACGAUUGCGAUCAAUUUACCAGAAGAUUUUUAAAUCGAAUGGGAAUCCCAGUGCCAGAUCCGAUCAGUCCGCCCGCUGAUGUUCUGCGCGAGCGGAAGCACCAUGCGUCCACUGAGAAAUCUCAUCAGAAAAGAGCCGACAAAUUGGGCAAGUUCUUGAAGUACGAUCGUAAGGUUUUGAGAUUUUAUGGGUUUUGGGACGACUCGGAGAGCCCUCACGGGUACGUCCACGAACUAGAAAUCUUGUACUAUUUGGCUGACGAUACACUUGAGAUUUUGGAAAGCCAGCCUGCAAGGCACGGAGCUUCGACGCGGUCGCUCCUCGUCAAAAGAAUGAAGAUACCGAAGUUUUUCGCCAAUUUGGAGCCCGUUGGUAGCGGCGAUCCUUACACUCUCUUAAACGUUAUGGGUGACAACAUGCGGCGAGGCUAUUACAUUCCGGACAACUCUUACCGAAGCAGAACAGCGUCCGAUUACUACAAGGAGUGUGACUUGGCGAUUGGCGCGCAAAUGGACGUGUUUGGACGGCGAGUUAUUAUUGCGGAUCUCGAUGAGUUCACUAAAGACUUUUACAGGAAGAAAUACGGCCUGGACGCUUUUACUCCAAUACCAAAACCCGGAAAGCGAAACGACGAAGGGGAGCUUUGCUACGGUAGAUAUAUACCUCCCUACAACGGUUACGGAAGUUACGAAGAUUCUCUUGGAUAUUGCUUCUCGGUAGUGCCGAAGAAACCAAAGUUGCUAACGGAUAAAUUCUACCGAUACGAAAACCAAGUGAACGAUAGUCGCGUUUUGAGAUUUGGAUGUAAAAUGAUAGACGACCGACCCGAGAAUCAAGAGAGAUGCUUCGUCAUCAACGUUUAUCUGUUCGACAAGACUAUAGCGAUCGCUGAAGUGACGUACAAGAAACCAGGUCACACCAAGAGUCUAUUUCAGAAGAAAAUGCGAGUCCGACUGCCCGGCGAAGAGAUUUUCACGAGCAGCGAGCCAAAGUACUACGAACCCGCGGACUUUUACGUUGGAGCUUGCGUGAACCUCUCGUGCUUCAAAUUUUACAUCGAAAGCGCGGACGAGUAUACAUUCAAGUACAUGGAGCAGCAUUGCGAUGAGUUCCCGAAGGCCGACAUAAAGACGAUCUUGUCGAAAGUUCGCGAAAAAUUGAGAUGUGCGUAUCGCCAGUUUACCAGCGAAUAUCCACCUGUGAAAGUUGAUGACGACGCCGACGACGACGCCGACGACGAACCUCCGACUCUCAGUCUUUAUUCCCUGAGAAAAGCCAUGCGCGAGUACGUCGGCGAAUGCAUCAGUGAACACGAGAUCAUGACCAUCGCUCGCCAUUACUCGCUCCAAGAGAGCAGGCAGCCUUACCCUCGAGACCAUAUAAGAGCUUUGGUGCACACUGAGCUAACCCGUUUGGUGUGGAAUGACUUGGACCGAUUGGAAGAAGAUAUUUGCGCUUGGGACAGAGACAAAACUGGUUAUCUCGGUCGCGAUCAGCUUUACACGCUGUUACGCGCCAAUAGGAUUCCCUUGCAACGCGAGCUCAUUCGUCUCAUGCUUGACUAUGUCGAGAAAAAUAGCGAAGGCAAAAUUAAAUGGCGCGAUUUGAUCAAUUUCCUCGAUAUCAAAGUGGAUCCUCUUCCGCCGGUGGUGCCUAUGAACUUGAAGGAGGUAUACUGGACAAUCGAAGAGAAACCCAGAGAUUGCUCUAAAAUUGACUAUUGCGCAUUCUUGAAAGAUCUUGGUUUGGAAAGCGAAGUCAAAGAUUUGGUUUCGCAAAUGGAUGACAAAUAAGUAUAUCACCGU